AUGGGCCUGGCCAGGGCCCUGCGCCGCCUCAGCGGCGCCCUGGAGUCUGGAGACGACAGGGCAGGUGAUGAGGAGGAAGCCGGGCCGGGGCUGUGCCACAACGGGUGGGCACCAGCGCAGUCGCCGGUGGGGCGGCGCCGCGGGCGCUUCGUCAAGAAGGACGGGCACUGCAACGUGCGCUUCGUGAACCUGGGCGGCCAGGGCGCGCGCUACCUGAGCGACUUGUUCACCACGUGCGUGGACGUGCGCUGGCGCUGGAUGUGCCUGCUCUUCUCCUGCUCCUUCCUUGCCUCCUGGCUGCUCUUCGGCCUGGCCUUCUGGCUCAUCGCCUCCCUGCACGGCGACCUGACUGCCCCGCCGCCGCCCGCACCCUGCUUCUCGCAGGUGGCCAGCUUCCUGGCCGCCUUCCUCUUCGCGCUGGAGACGCAGACGUCCAUCGGCUACGGAGUGCGCAGCGUCACCGAGGAGUGCCCGGCCGCCGUGGCCGCCGUGGUGCUCCAGUGUAUCGCCGGCUGCGUGCUGGACGCCUUCGUCGUGGGCGCCGUCAUGGCCAAGAUGGCCAAGCCCAAGAAGCGCAACGAGACGCUAGUCUUCAGCGAGAACGCCGUCGUGGCGCUGCGCGACCGCCGCCUCUGCCUCAUGUGGCGCGUCGGCAACCUGCGCCGCAGCCAUCUCGUCGAGGCCCACGUGCGGGCUCAGCUGCUGCAGCCUCGAGUGACCCCGGAGGGUGAGUACAUACCUCUGGACCACCAGGAUGUGGAUGUGGGCUUUGAUGGUGGCACUGAUCGCAUCUUCCUUGUGUCUCCCAUCACCAUCGUGCAUGAGAUCGACUCCGCCAGUCCUCUGUAUGAACUAGGACGGGCUGAGCUGGCCCGGGCUGACUUUGAGCUGGUGGUCAUUCUCGAGGGCAUGGUUGAGGCCACAGCUAUGACCACACAGUGUCGCUCUUCCUACCUCCCUGGUGAGCUGCUCUGGGGCCAUCGUUUCGAGCCGGUCCUCUUCCAGCGUGGCUCCCAGUACGAGGUCGACUAUCGCCACUUCCAUCGCACUUACGAGGUUCCAGGGACACCUGUCUGUAGCGCCAAGGAGCUGGACGAACGGGCAGAGCGCGCCUCCCAGAGCCCCAAGUCUGGCUUCCCCAGCUCUCUGGCAGCAUUCUGCUAUGAGAAUGAACUUGCUCUGAGCUGCUGCCAGGAAGAAGAUGAGGAAGAGGAGGCCAUGGAGGGGGAUGCGGCAGAGGCAGAGGACAUGGCUGCCAGCCCCCGAGUUCUCACACCAACCCUGGCCCUGACCUUGCCCCCAUGACUCAAGCUGGCAUCCCUUAUUUGCACCCCUUUCCCAGAGGUAGCAAGAUGGAGAGAUUGGGCCCUCUCCUGGGGUGAGGGCAGGUGUUUCCUAAGACCAACAGGUCUGCUCAGUAAAUUAUUAGCUGGUGAUGUUCUGCCAUGCCUAGUGGACCCACCAUGAACAUACUGGAGGGACCUUAAUUCCUCUGAAUUCUGUGCUCCCUCUUGAGACCCACUUGUCAUUCCAAUUCCUGAGUCUCACUAGAGAUAAGGGACCCAGAAUUCUGGACCCCUCAAGAGGUGAGGACUGGUAAUUCUAGAUUCCUCUAGGUGGCUGGUUUUGUUUGUUAAGCAGGAUCAUGAAAUGAAGUAUAGACUGCCUCCAGGGGAAGAAGUCAGCUGUUCUCAAGAAGCAACAGAGAACCAGAAUUCAUUGGCCUGAACUGACCUUAGAUUCAAGGGACGGUUGCUUCUCGACUCAGUCGACUCCAUAGCAAAUCACUUUUUCUAGAUGACCUAAGGAGGGGAAGUUAUGGGAUGCCCCCAAGAGUUUAAGACUAUCCUGACUGACCAAUGACAAAGACUGUUGAUUGUAAGUCAAGGAAAGACUUUGUGGCUCCAGAAAACCCCAGAGUUGAGAUUCUGUGAAUCCAGAUUGGCUACAGAGGCCAGCACUGGGGGUUCUAGAGCAGCUUUGACCUGAGAGUUGGACUAUUCCAGAAACUAAUGAGUUAUGUCUCUAGAAUGCACAAAACAGUGGAGAAUCGUGGGUCUACAAGGACUAAAGUGACAGACUGGGAGUUCUUGAUAGGCAACAACUCCAGACCCACUGGUGUUAGAACAUCAAACCAAAGAGAUGCAAGGCUUUUCCAUGAUCCACAGGCUUUGUGUCUUUUUUUAAGUGCCAUUCUAGAAUAUCCAAAGGAAUCAAGAUUCUGUGACUCUAGAUUGAUCACAGUCAGGGAAGGAUUGGCAGUGAUGACAUCUGAGAUUUGCUGGUUCCAGCUUGCCCAAUGGAGUGGAGAGUAUUGAUGAGGAUAGAUGACUUCUUUGUGGUUCUGUGAUGCCAAAAGGAGUCCAGGCUCCAGGGACACAGAGUUGUCUGUUGUCAAUCUGGAAGUUCUAAUCAGCUCCUGGAAUGUGGCCGUUCGAGGAGGUGGACUUGGGACUUGACCGGCAGCAUUGCUGGGCUGACCUAGAAGAUGAGGGCCUGGGUGAGACCCUGUCGGUAACAGGGCUGGUUAUUAGGCAAGGGAAGGGAGAGGCCCAAGGCUGGUGAGUCUACAGUGCUCUGGAAUCUUC